AUGGCGGGUGGUCUAACUACACUGAUUUGCCCUACAUCUGGCAUGGAGAUACUGGUGAUUGAUCCAUCCUCCAGAUUUCUCACUGAAUUUGACGAGGGAGACCGCCUCGGAAGUGGCGGAUAUGGUGUCGUUACCUUGUGCAGGUCUAAAGUUGAUGAUUUUCAAUAUGCCAUAAAAAAAAUACCAAUAUGUGAUGAUCCCAAUGACCAUUCCACGCUCAUAAGCUAUGACACGCUCAUAAGGGAGGUUCAGAUACACGCAAAGUUGGAGCAUUCAAACAUCAUCCGCUAUCAUUCAGCAUGGGUGGAGGAUUCAUUGAAGGGCUCAUCUGGUGAAGACGACUACUACCGUAAAGGUUCCAAGUUUCCCUGCAUUUAUGUACAGCUUCAACUGUGUGGCGAAACACUUGAAGAUGUCAUAAGUUCUGCUUCUCAGCCUCGUAAGAGUACUAAAGAGUUGUUUGAGCAAAUGCUCGACGGACUAGUUUACUUACACCAGCAGAAAAUAGUCCAUGGAGACUUAAGUCCGGAUAAUAUUUUCCUGGACGAGGAAGGCAAAGUAAAAAUAGGAGACUUUGGAUUGGCUGGAGCAAUCGGUGCGGCUCGGGACAAAUGCGUAGGGAAAAAACUGUACAAACCGCCAGGAGAACAAAUGACCAUGGACACGAAAUAUGAUAUGUACUCGAUUGGGGUGAUCCUGUUCGAAUGGUUGGUUAUGUGUGGCACGCGUAUGGAAAGAUCUAUGCGUUUAGAGAAUCUAAAAAAAGGAGCUGAGAAGAUAGAAGAGGAGCUGAAAGAGCUGGAGGCAAAUCAGAAGACUAAAGAAGUCUUGAAAGAGCUGUUGGAUGACAAUCCGUUAAAGAGACCAUCGGCUUCUGAGUUGAAGGGUUAUCUGAUAAGCAUGUUUCCGGACCCACCACAACUUGUCGGAUAG